CGCCCCCUCCAAGAUGAUGCUUAGCCCGGACCAAGCUGCCGACUCCGAUCACCCCUCCUCGGCGCCCUCCGACCCGGAGUCCCUGGGCGGCGCGGACGCCCAGGCGCUCAGCUGCUGCGUCUCCGACCCGGAGCCCGCCGAGGGCGGCGGUGGUGAGGGCCGAGGUGGCGGCGGCGGGGAGGGCCGCGGCGGGGGUCGGCCUGGGCUGCACCCGCCGCCUCUGAGCCGGGAGGAGAAGCGCCGGCGGCGCCGCGCCACGGCCAAGUACCGCUCGGCCCACGCCACGCGUGAGCGGAUCCGCGUGGAGGCCUUCAACCUGGCCUUCGCCGAGCUGCGCAAGCUGCUGCCCACCCUGCCCCCCGACAAGAAGCUCUCCAAGAUCGAGAUACUGCGCCUCGCCAUCUGCUACAUCUCCUAUCUCAACCACGUGCUGGACGUGUAGCGCCCGAUGGACGCCCGGAGCCCCAGGACCCGAGUCCCGCCGCUCCGGGUCCGGCCGCGGCGGGCAGCGCCUUCCCCGGGGCGGGCGGCGGGGGUUUCCUGCUGCUUGUGCUCCCCCCAGGAGGGCUCCCACCCGGUCGAGAGCCCGCUUUCCGAAGAGAAGUGUAAAACUGGAUUGUCUCUUCAGGCUGUCAAGUGCCCCUUUAUAUAUAUCCAAAAACAUCUACUUGUGACCUUAAACGUGUGACCCAUGGGUGCAGUUAAAAAUAACUAUUUUUUAUUUAUGGUAGAAGGAGUUGACAAUUUAUUUUUUUCAAGAUUUAUUUAUUUUUCAGAGUGGUGGCAAUUUUACUUUGGAUACUUCGUGCCAAUUGGUUUCUAUAGUCGGGUGUUUACACUUUCUCCUGUGGAAUAUUAUGUUUGACUUUAUGAGUGUUUGUUGGGAUCAAUACAGUGUUCAUUUUCUUUUCUUUUUAAUUUAUUUUUCCCUCCAAUUAUAUUGCACUUGUGUACCAUAAACCUUCCCUCCCUCCCUGUUUAUAUUUUAUAUGUAUCAAUGCAUUUGUUCUUGACCUUUUUUCUUUCUUUCCUUGUAUGGGAUCAACAACCACUAGCACUUAACUAGGAGAGGUUUUUUUUAAAAAAACUUGUUGUUUUUCUGAUCUAUAGUUGCGUCUGGAAAGUACUUUGCAAAUCGUUUAUAAGGGAAGUAGUUUCUUUGUGGGUGUAUAUGUGAGUGUGCUAUAUAUGCAUGUGUGUGGGAGUGAGCGUGGGUGUGUAUGUGUGUGGUAUAUUUUUAGGAAAGGACAUUUUUUCCUAAAAAAAAAAAAAAAAAAAAAAAAAAAAAAGAAAAAAAAAAAAGAAAAGUAAAUCCAGGACUGCUUUCCUUUGUGACAACCAAAAAAUUCUAUAACCUGAAAAUGUUUCAUGUUCUUUGCUGUGAAUCUCUUAAAACAAGAAACGCAUUUUAGGGACAAAUGAGAAAAAGAAAAAAACCACAUCUGCUAUCCAAAGAUUUUAGUCUUUUUCAGGGUUUUUUUGUGUGUCUAUGUUGCUUUAUAUAAUGCAAUAUUUUGUAGUGAAAAUAGAUAAAUCUGGUUUCUAUCUGAUGCGUUUUUCA